GCGACUGCGACGCUGGCGUUCUACGUUUUGAGUUGUUAGUUGCGUUCGAACUCAGUCAUAAACGAACUGUUACGAGUGAUGGAAGAGUCAAUACGUGCUAAAUAAAACUAUUUUUGUACCAAGCUGUUAGCUUUUGAUACCAAGAAAAAAAAUAAAUAAUAAUCAUAACAAAAAGUAAACAAUCGAAAUAAAAGUGAAAAGCAACAAUUUAUUUGCUCGCUGUGCGCGUCUCGUCGUCCAUUUUGUCUGUGCUGCCCCUUCUUCCGUUUCCGGCAUUCGCAACAAAUUUUUGGCAAAGGCAGGCAGGCAGAAGGUGAAGAAGAAGAAGAAGAGGAUACAGUUGCUUUGACGCGCGCGCAACAAUCAAACAAACUACGUCUCUACUGCCCCCGCGCGUAAACCCCGCCACCCAACAAAAAAAGCCAUUCUUCCCGCUCCCCGCCUCCUGCGUUCCUUCGUGCGAGUCGAGUGCAAAGGACGAAGUGUGCAAAAUAACUGCGACAUGCGAAACGCGUAACAAAACAAAACACGCAAAAAAAAGGACGCCUAAAACCGAAAAGGACACAGAUGCCAUUUCAUUCCAUGUGACAGUUGAAGAAACCCAAAAAAACGACCAAUUUGCUAACGAAAAGUCUUGAAAUUAAACUGCUGCUGCAAACUUAAUGACUGAUUUUUCUGGAACAGCAUUUACCUCCUAAACAAAAUCUUUAUACUUAACCAAAAAUAGAACUCUUUGCUAAGAAUGGCAAAUAAUUUAAUAUAACAUUUAGGACUUGUCACUUUUUUCGAAUACAACUAAAGUAAUAUAUAACUGAAGUCAAGUAGUUAGCUAACUAAAAAUAUAAUAAAUAUAACAAACGAAAGAGGACAAAGACCAAGUGGAAGUGGAAGUCGAGCUGGAAGUGGAAGAGAGAGGAAUGCAGCGUUGUCCGUAUCUGCAUGAGAUGCGAGAACGUCUAUUGGAUCAGCCAAGAGAAACAUUACAACUCGAGAAUAUGGAGCGAGCCAAUUUGCUGGACAAUCGCCAAUCGGCAACCGAGUCGCAUCAGGUCGGCACCGUUGUCAAGCUGCAGGGCGAUGGAUACCAUACAAGUCCAGCUCAUCAGCGCACACCGUUAGUGCCGCAUGAUCUGGGCGAGGAUUUCAAUUUGGAUUUCGAUGAUGACUUUCCGAUCGAUGUGCGACGACCAAAAAAUGCCAACGGCAAUCAUCCAACGGUUCUGACGCAACCACAGAAAAGGGUUUGCUACACGUUCAAGCCAAAUCCAAAUAAGCACAGUUUUAUGCCAGCGAAAAUAACGGUGCAGGGCACAUAUCAAACCAAUCCGAUAACGGGACCAAUCGAACUAUGGACAUCGCUCUUCAUUGUAACCAGCCUGGUGUAUGCGAUCCUCUUGAUAGUCGUCUGCAUUGCGUAUGUGAUCAGCGAUGUGACCACACACCGACUGCCGGUGCUCUACUACGAGACGUUCUUCACGUACCUCUACGGCACCAGCAUACUCUUCCUGUUGUACGUCUUUUGUUUCCUGCUGCAGGAGAGCUCUUGCUGUAAUGGCGGCAAUGGCGGCAGCAAACCGAAACCACAGCCCAAGGAGAAGAAAUCGAAGAAAACGAAGAAUGCAGAUCCAGCCGAUUCGAAGGAUGCGAAAGGCUCUAAGGACUCUGGCAAAGCUGCCAAAGGCGCCGCAUAUCAGGAAGCACCCGUGGAUGCCGAGGUGGCCGUCACCCCGAAAAAUGUACGCAAACGGAAGACCACGCACAGCGAUCUCACGCACGGAAGUUUCUUUUUGCGCGUCGGUGCCAUCGCUUUUGGACUUGGCGCAAUGAUCUACAUUGGAUUGGAGUUUGGAUCGUUCUUUGAGAUACCAUUCGAUUCGCCAUGCCAUCACAUACUAAUCGGUGUCAAUCCCCUGCUCCAGAUGAUCUUCACCUUCAUGCAGAUGUACUUUAUAUUCAUGAAUGCACGGACUAGGCCACCAUUUCAGCUCAACAUCCAUCGCUUCAAGGUGAUCGCUCGCUUUGGUCUAAUGCAUGUGGUGGCCACCAACAUUUGUGUGUGGAUACGCACGCUGGUCAAGGAAUCGCUGCUAGAGAUCACGAUCUAUCAUCAGAAGCGCGAAGCUGAUCCCGAUGCCUCGUCGAUCGCUCAUUCGAUACGCCAGCAUGCGUUGCGUCACGCUGGCACCGUGCUCCGCACCCAUGCCGGACCGAACAGUGAGUUCGAGGUGCUCGAUGGCGAGGAUCUGUUGCCCAAGAAUGUGUACAAGAGCGACAAUGUGCUAUCGAAGCUGGUGCGCAACACUGUCGAUGGCAUCUCGAAGAGUUUGGGCAUGGGAGGCAGCAGCAGCGAUGUGACCAGCACCGCGUUGCCCAGCACAAUAUUGCCAACAACAACAACAACAACGACCACAACACGAUUGCCAUACACAACACCUGGCUAUCAAUGGCACAGCACUACUAUGGCCCGCAAGCUGAAGAAGUUUAUCACUAGCACCACGGCUGCGACAAGCACCGUGGGUUCGAGUUCGAGUUCGAGUUCAAGUUCGAGCACCGCAUUCCCCAGCACGAUCAGCACCAGCACCAUGACCACAAGCACCACCAUCGCCAGCAACAGCCCCAGCAGCAGCAUUCCAUUCGACCUAAGCACGACCAGUGAAUCACCCUUCAGUGGCCUGCAGCGCAUCCUAUCGAGCGCUGCAUCCGCCGCCUCAUCAUCCAGUUCAACGCCCAUCGAUGUGGCCGAUAGCACAUUGCCCGCUGCUGCCAAUGCCGAUGGCGGUGCCGGCAGCGUGUCGUCAUUCCUCAACAAUUUGGCCGCCGCCUCAACGCCCAGCACAGCGGCAACAGCCGCAACCGCCACAGCAGCUGCCGCCGUUAGCAGCAGCACUGAGGGUGCUGUCAACAUUAUGAAUAAUCUGUUUGGUCCCGGCAUGGAGAAUAGCUUCCAAACGUAUUCGGAUCUGUCGCACGAUGAGGCCAGUGCUGGUGGCGGAUUGGUGGCAUUCGAGAAUCUGGAGAGUCUGGACAGCAUCUAUCCGGCGGCGUUGUCUUCCAACAUUGGCACACUCAAUUCCACCGCCUGCGGUCGCAUUGAUAUUAUGGGCACGAUUGUUUACGAUUCGGCGCCGUAUCUGUAUCCAUUCAUCAUUGAGUAUUCGUUAAUUGGCGCGGUGGUGUUGUAUGUCAUGUGGAAGCACAUCGGUCGCUAUCCGGGACGCAUGAACGAUGAGGAUCUGGAGCAUCGGCUCGAGGUGAUGCUGUCGCGUCGCGCCGUUGCCAUGGCGCAGCAGGCACGCUCCGGUCGCGUCGAUUGCGUUGGCUCGUCGAAGGGUCUGUUCUUUGGUCUGUUGCUGUUGGUCGGCGCACUCAUUUGCUUGAUACUCUUCUUCGUCUUGGUGCGUCAUCAGCAGUUCUCGCUGUUGGCCAUUUAUCUCGCCGAUGCCAGUCACUGCAUCCUCAUGGCCUUUGCCAUACUCGCCAUCAUCAUUGGAUUCAUCAGAGUCAAGAACUUGAAAUUCCGCUGCGAGGAGCAAUCGAAUUUGAAUGACAUUUUGCUGCGCAUCUCGGCCUUUGGCCUGUUCACCUAUUCGGUGUUCAGCAUCAUUGCCGGCAGCCUCAAGGUGCUGGAGAGUGAGCCCAGCCUGCUGGUGACGACCACGGGCGGCGUUGCCGUCUUCCAGGUGAUUCUCCAGCUGCUGUUCAUUGCCGAUGUGUCGCGUCGUCGCGUCCAUUUGCCGGAGCACGAUCGCAGCAAGCCGGGACGCCAGAUCGUUACCUUCCUUCUCAUCUGCAAUGUGGCCAUGUUUGCCAUCUACACAUUCGAAGCUCAAAAAGUAUUCGCCAAUCCUGUAAGUAGAUAUGUGCAACUGGAGUUCUAUGGCUUUGUGCCCUGGUCGAUCAUUCAGCGCAUCACACUGCCCCUGUGCAUUUUCCAUCGCUUCCACAGCGCCGUGACACUUGCCGAGAUCUGGAAGACCACCUACAAGGCGCGAUUGGAGUAAGCGCUCUCUCCACCUCCGAGCUGUUCGAGCUGCUAAAACCCAGGCGGUUUUCAAAUGCACCAAAAAAAACAACAAACAACAAAAACAUAACAAAAAACCGAAAACAAACAAAAAAUAUAACCAACCAGAAAAGUAAAGAAAACAAAGCUAUGAAAAACUAAAAUUUAUAGCAAACCGAACACACGAAUGAAAAACAAAAACAAAAAGUUGAAAGUUAGUUUCUAAUUGCAUAUUAUACAUAUAACAUAUUGUAUAUGUAUAAACAUAAAUUUUUGUUUUUUAGUUACGCAUACGUAUAGGUUAACUAAGUUCGAAAAAUGCGAGAAAAACACACAAGAAAAGAAAAUGAACAUGAAAUGAAAUACGAGUUGUAACAAAGAGAGCUAACUCCCAAAGCGAAACAUUGGACCAUUGACGCCCCCAACAAAAAUUUGGUGGGCGUGUGUGUGGUUGAGGAACAGCAAGAACCAAACUUUAGAGCGUAUAAUGGAAAUGAUUGAAAUGAUCGAUCCGUCGAUCAAACGAUCUUUAUUGAUGCUAAAUACCAAACAAAACUUAAACGAAACUUUUUGGAAUCAAACAAAAAAAAACAACUAAAAAAAUAAAACAAACAAAUUGUUAGGAAACGAAAAGAGAAAAUGAAGAAAAUGAAUUGAGAACAAUUGCUUGUUAUUUAAUUAUGAUUAUAAUUAUAUAUAUAUAUUUUUUUUGUGUUGGUUUCUGUUUUCAUGGGAUUUACAGCUCAGUUGGAAAACUUAAGAACUAAGUCAUAGGAUUUACAAUUUAAUAUGCUUUCCUUUUUGCUUUCGUUCUACUAAUUUUACUACGAUUUCAGCACAUAGUAUAUUAAUUAAUUAAUUUAUGUAUAUUUAUCUAUCUCUACAAUUAUAAUUAUGAAAUAAAUACCUUUCUUUUUGCGUUUUUUUUUUUUUGUUGCUUAUGCAUAUUUAUUGUUUAACGCGCUGCAAUGUCUUUGUAACUAAAAGUUUUCAAUUGUUUUUGUUUUUGCAUAUUAAAAAGAAUCAUAACACUUAAGUCGAAAAUGAAAAAAGAAGAAUAAAAACUUGAAACAAGGUUGUUUACUUUCCGCGUUGAAUUUUGCGGCCACUGCGCCGCAAAGUAUGCAAAGACUUUCGGGCCAAUUAACAGUCACAUACACACACACACACACAUACAUGCAUACAUACAGUUCACACAGACAGACGGACACGGGUAAAACUCUAUGGAAUGCCAUGAAAUGUGUUGGAAAAGAAAACAAACAAACAAAACGCGAAAAUUCGAAAAUUCAUAAAAUUCAUUCAAACAAAAAUCCCAAAAGUAAAAAAGAACUAAACUAGAAAAAAGAAUAUGCACAUUUUGUGCAAGUUUUCGACUCUUUUUUUUUCCCCCGAAAAAAAACGAAACAAUUGCCGAAGACAAACAACAACAACAAACUGUGAUGAAUUAUAUUGUUUAUUGACUUUGGAAAUAUUUUUCAUUUAUUCAGUUCUUUUUUGGAAUUUUAUACUUUUAGCAUUUUCAAUAAAACAAUGAAAAAACAAAACUAAAAAACCCAAAAUUUACAAAAAAAAAAUCGGCUUAAAAUGCGUUCAACCAACUUCAUGGCCCAAUGUAAAAAAACAAAUGAAAAGAAAAAAAUUACCAUGACAUGAAAAAAAUUGCAAAAACACACAAAGAAACAAAACAUGUUGCGGCACUUCAAGGGAAGCCAAAGAAAUAAAAACAAAAAGCAUGGAAAACCAAACGAAAACGAAAAGUCAAACAGAAAGAAAACAAAAAUGAAAAAAGUAAAACACAAAAACCAAAAAAAAACAAUUUUUAAUAUUUAUAUAUAUAUAUAAAUAAAAAGUUUAUAAAUGUCCAUUUUUUGAUUAUUAGUAGUGAUGUUAAAUGAGAAACAACAAACUUAAUAGUAAUUACAAUAAUUUAAAAAAAAACAAAUAUGUAUGUAAUAGCUGCAAAACAAGAUAUAAAGAAAAAGCAAAACGAUAAAUGGAUUAAUAUAUGCAUAUAUAUAUAUAUAUAUACAUACAUAUAUAUACAUAAUACAAACAAAUGUGUAAUCUGUCUGUCGUAUUAACAUAUAUAUGUAUAUAUGUAUAUAUAUAUAUACAUAUGUAUGUAUGGUUUGCCAGACCUUCUUCUUCUUCUUGAGAAUCCCCCAAACAAACAAAGAAAACGAAGCGCAUUUAGAAGAUGACAAAAUGGAGGCACAGAAAACAAGAUCGAUAACGAUACCGAUAACGAUAACGUUUACAAUUAACAAGUUAAGAACCAUUUUUAAAGAUAUGCAACGUAUAUCUAUAAAUAUAUGUAUACUAACCCACCAAAUUCAAAGUAUUUCAAAGUUUUUUAUCGACAAAGAAGGCGGAUUCAACAAAGUUUAGCAGCAAAUGCUGCCCAAACAACCCAAACAAAGCAAAACAAAUGCAACAAAAAUGGUUACACAGACAGCAAAACUCUUGCCAAAGACCAACAAAAAAAAAAAAUACAAAAA